ACUGUAAUUAUCGUUAUUGCACUCAGUAAAUAAUUGCUGUAAAUAAUCCGGUCCUUGCCCGGUUAAAACUUUGAAUGUCAUAACAGUUUCCCUAUUUUUUAAGUCAUCUUCAAUUGGUUUCCAAUUAAGGUCUUUCAAAAUUUGGGAGGAACGAAUAUCGUAUGUACUUGAAGUAAUUACACGCGCAGCUCUCCUUUGUAGCCUAAUUUUGAAAGUUUAUUAAUUAUAGUACAAGAUCCAUCGUUCCAUAUUGUAGAGCAGUAAUUAAAGUGAGGCAAAACAAAUACAUUAUACAUUUUAAUUAAUGUGUGUCUAGGAACGAAAGGUCUAGCUCUUUUUAGCAGAGCUAUACUAUUUGAAUUUUGAACUUCAUUGUGUUUGUCCCACUUCAACUGCUCAUUGAAGACCAUACCUAGAGACUUUUUAUAGUAUACACGUUUUAUAUGUCUGUGUCCUAGUUUCAAUACUGGGCUAUUAUGGACACAGGCAAUACGUGAUCUUGAGCCGAUGAGCAUGAACUCGGUUUUCUCAUCGUUUAAAGUAAGUUUAUUUGCUGUUAGCCAUCGGUGGACAUUCUCAAGCUCUUCAUUAAGUUUGGUUUCAAUUUCACUCGAGCUUUGUCCAACACAGGUUAGAUUUGUAUCGUCAGCAAACAUUGAAGGUUUUGACAUUUUCAAACUAUUUGGGAGAUCAUUAAUAUAAAGAAGAAAAAGGAUGGGACCAACAUUCGAUCCCUGUGGAACCCCACAGUUAAUAUCAUUUGCAGACGAUUUCUUACCAUUAAUUGAACAAACCUGCUUUCUGUCUUUGAGGUACGAUUUAAACCAUUCAAGGCUUUUCCCUUGGAUGCCAUAUUUUUCUAAUUUAGCUAAUAGAAUUGAAUGAUCAACAGUAUCAAAUGCCUUUUUAAGAUCCAAGAAUAGGACUCCAGUAAAGAGGCCCCUAUUCAUAUUAUGCAACCAUUCAUUUGUAGAACUAAGCAGAGUAGUUUCCGUGGAAUGUUGAAAACGGAAACCCGACUGCUGGUCCAGAAGAACGUUGUUUAUUGUCGUAAAGGAUUUUAGCUGUUGAUAUAUAUACCAAUUUCUCAAAUACCUUAGCAACAACGGAGAUUACAGAAAUUGGUCUAUAAUUUCCACAGUCAUUCCUAUUACCGUCCUUGAAAACUGGUGUUACUUUUGCUAACUUUUAGUAGUCAGGGAAUAUAGCGGUCCGUAAUGACAGGUUGAAAAUAUCAACCAAUGGCCCAGCAAUAUUGUGUGUUCCGUCUUUUAAUAACAGUCUUGCAAUAAAUCCAUCCAGUCCUGAAGAUUUUUUUGACUGAAUGAGAUUUAGCGCAUCAAUUACUUCAUCUAUAGUAAUGAAGUUAAAGUUAAAUAUGUCAUCAUGCGUAACAGUCAUAAAGCUUAGCGGAUCAAUGUCACCGUCCUUAAUUCCUUCGGACAAUUUGCUACCUAUAGUUGAAAAAUAUUUAUUAAAACCGGCAGCAAUUUUCUCGUCGUUUAUUACAGUUUCGCCCUCAAAAUUAAUUUCCCUUAUUUGACUAGUCUUGGAUUUUUUAUUCAGAAGCUCAUUAAUAGAUUGCCAGCUUUCCUUGCUAUUGUUAGAAUUAUUUAAUUUGGACUUAAAGUAACUCUCUUUUGAAGUUCUAAUCAGAUUAGUUACUUUGUUUUUACCUUUUUUGUAGGCCGUUUCAUAGUAGACAGAUUGCAAUCGGAUGGCUUGCCUUUUUAAAUAAUCUCUGUGAUAACUCAGUCGGCUAAUUUCGCUAGUAAUCCACGGUUUAAAUUCACUUUUCACACGCCUUUGUUCAAUUGGCGCAUGUUUGUCCGCGAUAGUAAGAAAUUUGAUUUUAAAAUCACUCCAAAGUUCAUUCGGAUCGUUUGAAGCAUUCGGAUACGAAUUAAAAAUUUCAUUCAUAUUAUGAUUGAACGCAUUCACAUUGUAUCUCUUGUAUUGCCUAGAUAGGACAAUUUUAGGUAAUUCUCUUGGGAGACUAAUCUUGCGGCAUAUAUAUAUAUACAAGAUUGUGGUCACUGAUCCCACGCGGUAUGACUCCUGUUUCUAAUGUUUUAUUAUCCCCCAUAUAGGUAAAGAUAACAUCAACGAAACUAGAUGUUAUUGGGGUAACUCUCGUUGGUAUUUUAAUAUGCUGCUGUAAUUUGCAUGUGACUUGGCUUUUUGGCAUUUCUAAAAAGUUACAGUUGAGAUCACCAGUUAUAAUGAUUUCCAUAUUUUCGUCUUCAACUAGCUUUAGGAAAUUUUCAAAUUUAUGAAAUAAAUCGUGGCGAGAGUUAGGUGGUCUAUACCAUGUUGCAAUUAAUAAAGGUUUACUUUUUGGCUUUCUCACCUCGAUACAAAGCAGCUCAAUGGAGUCAGGAACUAAAUCUUGCCUAAUAAUAUAAGGUAUAUUUUUACGAAUAAACAUUGCAACCCCCGCCACCAUUUCGAUUCCGAUCCAAUCUAAUAAUAUCAUAGCCGGUAUCUCAACUUUAUAGUCACAUACACUUUUAUCAAGUCUAGUUUCAUUGACAGUUAGGAUGUCAAAGCAUUUGCUUUGCAUAUAUACUAAAAGUUCAUGAUAAUGUUUUACGAGACUGGCUAUAUUAAUCUGGCCUAUUUUAAAGCCUUUAAGUUUAGAAAAAGGAGAGCUUGCGCUGGACUGUGACGCUGCGCUAUUAGUGCUAUUUUUAAUUUCUUCCGCAUUGGUUGGAACAUUAGUAAUCAAUUGUCAAUUACAAUGUUUAAGAUACUCGAUGAAGUUUCCUGCUAAUUUUGUAAAGCCUUGCUUAUUCAGGUGUAGACCAUACGGAUUCAGAUGAUUUGCUUUAAUAUUCUUAUGUGUUAUGAAUCCCCAAUUGUUAUUGUGACAUACCUGUUUCAAUCUGGCAUUCAAAUUUUCUAUUUUGGGGCUUUGGGCAUAAGGCUUGAAUCGUCGAAUCGCGAUGUUAUUUCUGAGAUAACCACUUUUGUUUCCGGCGAGUUCUCCUCUAUCCGUUUUCCAAGUGAAGAUAUCGAUACUGCUAUCUCUUUAGGAAUUGAAUGUUUUAAAUCAUUAGUACCAACAUGUAAAAUUACACAUUUAGGAUUUUUCUCGACCGUCGGUUUAGCAUGUUGCAUAUCGCCGACAUUAGCGCCGGAGAACGUUUUCACCAUAACGUUAUGUUUCAAGCUCUUCCGUAAUUUAGAAGGAUUAAUUAACUUUAUCAUCGAAUUACCAAGUAUGGCGACAUCAAUCGGAUUACGACGUUGGUUUGGUGGAUUUUCAGACUGAUUUGGAGAACCCGUUGGUUUGUCUAUUGCAUUUUCUUUUAAGUUAUUGAGGACAUCAGAGCGGUUGCUAGUUUCAGGUUUGUCUUCAACAUCAAUCGCAAUCGGAUUACAACGUUGGUUACAAUCUAUAGCGUUUUUUUUUUGUAAAUAAACUAGAUUUAUUUGUUUUGUCCGGUAAUUUGACUCGAUCUUGAACUUGUUUCUCGAGGUCUUUCAUCACAACUGUUGUUACAACAUGGGAACUUAUAUUUUGAUUGAAAUCUUCAAAGCGGUUACUAGUUUCCGGUUUGCCUUCAUCCCGAAAUAAUUCAGUUGAUUGUCUGGUUUGAUGUUUGGGUUUCAUCCACGCAUUGCUAUUGUUGACACGAUCGAUGUUGUUAGUUGAAUCUUCUAUUUUAUUAUCACUUGCUUUCUUCUCAGUAUAGUGCCAUUGAUUAAAGUCAUUUUGAAUUAGCUUUAUUUGCAGAGAUUAAACUCGAUUUUUCUUCUUCAAGUAGCUUCUUCGAUUGGCUUAGUUGCGAUAUUGUUUUAUGCAUGCUGUUAUUGUUUUCCCGAAGCUCUUCGUUUUUUCUAGACAGUUCACCCUUUUCUUCCUUCAACUCGCUGAUAAUUCCUUCAAGCGUUACAAUGGAGUAUGGUUUAUUUUCUUUCACUACAUUUAUUUCAAGAGCUAGAUCAUCUAGUUUUUUGUAACGUCCUUACGGAAUCUCUCAAAAUGUGAUUUUAAUAUAAUGAUUUCAGGGUUACAACUAAAACAGCCGUUUGAGUGAGCACCACCAGUUCCCCGGGGAUUAAGUGUAUCUUUUGUUUCGGUUAAUCUGACAUGUAAAUUUUCUUCAGACGAUACAGAAGACUGCUCGUAUGGCUUUUCGUACGUGGACAAUGGCACGUUUCUCCCAAGUUUUUCGCUUGAAACGCCAACCCAGAUGUAAUAUCCCCUGUUCGAUUUUCGGAAAAUUCAUCAGUCGCUAUCGUUUAAUUUAUCCGCAAGGUCAUCAGUUAGCAGGCUUUCUACGUUUCUUUCUUGAUCGAUAGCUUUGUCAUCGUCACAUCGGGAAUUCGUCUUAUUUAGUUGCAUAAAGUUGUACACUCGUUCUAUAACUUCUUUCCCCUUAUCGCCACCGAAUUGAAUGUUUGUACUUUUCUUUUGCCAUGUAACUGUAAAUUCUUUACUUUCGAAGCACCACUUUCCGCCGCUUGGCGACUUCCACGAGGUAUUAUCGGCGGUAUCUUCGUUAAUCUCGGUCAAUACAAACGCUUUCAAGUCUUCUAUAGUGCCUUUCCAUUUCAAUUUAUCGCCUUUCGUGUCAAAGAAUUUGUACAAAAGGUUUAAUAAGGGGGUCCACUACUAAAAAAUAUUUUGCUCUUUCUUUUCAUAGUAUGAAACUGAUCUUUUCGUAUGUUGUUAGGAUAUAUCCCCUGACAUAAAAAAUGUAUGAUUGCAAAGUCUUGUUGCCAUGGUUACCAAAAUAUGCCACGCCCGAUGGUGAAAUUGAACCCAUUUUGUAAACAUGAUUACUACAUAACCAUUGAUGAUAAAAUUAUGAAAUAACUUUUAUUUACUCAACCACAACAAGGUCCAGGAGGUGAACUAAAACAUUUGAGAUUGAAGCAAUUUUAAAAGUUCCACAGAUGAAACAAUGGAAAAGCAUGCGGCUGUUUGCAAGAAAGUAGACACUGCUCUAAAACUAUGAAACAGAAUUUAUUUCUUUUAGUUCAACUAGAGAUGAUUAUGCUGAGUCUAUCCUGAAACUGUUCAACUAGAGAUGAUUAUGCUGAAUCCACCCAUAGCUUCAAUACUUCUUGAGAUAUCCUGCAUACAAUAUCGGAAAUUGUUGAUUUUCGGCAUUUUGAGAAAAAUGCAUUUAAAGUCUAAUAUUUAGUUUAUCAUCAACACAAUCGGGUCUAAAUUGUCAUAUGGCCUUAUCAUUUUAUUAUUUACAAUGUCAGAAAUCUCCUGCUUUAUAUGUGAUGCCCUCUGUUUCCUUGUUCUUGUCAUCCUUCUUCUUUUUCUGGCCACGGAGGAUUUUUCUUCUUUUCCUUAUUGCAGGAGUGUUCCGAUGUUCUGCCUUCUUUACUCGUUGCUUGUCGGCUUUAAUUAAGCAUGUUUUGUUCAAAAUACUGUCCUGGUACUAAUCCUAGCUGACUAAGAUUCUUCACUGCUGCUUUAGUACCAAUAUUAAAAUGAGCCACUGCAUCAUAUUCUCCAAAAUUCAGGACCUCGGCUCCAACAAAAACUGUUUUCGGCAACCGGUUCCAGAUCAUCCCGUUCAAGGACUCGUUUUGGUUCUGUGUUUUGCUCUCCAAACACCUUGUCAAGAGAUCAUUAUUGCUAAGCCUGUUAUAAAUAAGCUUAAUUAAGGCAAUAAUGUUGUCAGGAAGACCAGGUCCUGGUUUAUACAGAUGCGUAUUAUUGGUCACAUCUUGUUUGUAUCGACACCAGCUCUCAGGACCAUCUGGACAAUGGGUGUACAGGUUCCGUCGCUUGGAAGAAAUACAAUGAAACAGACUGGCAAGUAUUGAGAAUUUCAUGGCAGCUAAAUUUCCAGAAUUACUUCUUAUGGCAAUUCCAUAGUAGUUCUGAAGUUUAUCGAUCACAGCAUCGGUUAGCUUUCCUUUCCCUCCAAUUCCUUUAUUUUCUUUCUUCAGCUUCCUCAGUGCUGUGGCGACUCUCUUCUGAACGUGAACAACACAUUCUUUCUUUUCUACAUGAACUCCUUCAUAGCAGUUCUCCACCUCAUUGUAAGCCUUGCUGCCACCAUCGCCAAAGUACUCGGUGUAUUGCAGCUUACAGGAUUCCUCACUUCUUUCGAAGAUUCUCUUGAUCCCAGUAGGUUCCAUCGACGGUGCAGAUCCAACAUAGUUAAUUUUACACUUGCCAGUGUGCUUUUCCAGAAGAUCUGCUUUCUUGACAUCAUCAGAUUCUCUUUCAAUUGCUUAACACCCAUGGCAAACUUUGUGAGGACCUCUAUGUCUAAGCAUUUGCCAGUCUCAAUGGACAAGGUUGUAACACAGCCAUUCAAUGAGGAGUGACCACGUCUUUGCCAUGUACCGUCGCACGAGACAUCACAUUUCACAAUCUGGCUACUGUCGUCACCAUCAUGCAAUUCAGUUGCAGCAUCUUCCAUGGUUUCAUUUGCUACAGCCUUUGCCGCUUUUGAAAGGGCAGCAUUACAAGCACUGUAGGCCUUUGAAUGCAAGGGAGGGGGCAUGUUUAUGGAAGCACAAAACCGUUUCAUGGAUGAAUGUCCUUGUCCCAUACUUCUCAUGGCAUAAACCAAUGGCUUGUUAAUGUCAAAAGAAUGCUGGACUUUCUUGGAGGUGUGAAAGGUAUAAACCCAUCCACAUGUUUUACAACGUACACAAAGAUGGGAAGCACUACCUUUUUGUUCACGUGGGUUGUCUUCCAACACAAGCUGAAGAACCACAUUCUUUAUAUACACAUCACCUGCUGAAAUACAUCGCUCAGCAGCUUCAUAUCAACAAAACGGUACCCUGUUACCGUAGAUUUGACUGGGGAAUAUUCAUGUUGAGUAUUCUGAUUGCCAAUUUUGCGUGCGGAAGCAGAAGUAUUUUGACACGACUCAGUCGAUUGUCCAGCAGAAUCUGUUUCGGUUUCACUCCCAAGACACGCUUUCUUCGCAGGAUUAUUAAACCUGUUGCCCUGAAAUUUCCGUUUCCUUGUCCUUGGACCUUGUCUUGGCAUUAUGAAUAUACAAUAUCAAGCACAAUAUGGAAAACAACAAAGCUUGAACACAAUAUAAUCGCUACGACGUUUGAGAAUUCUGACACAACAGAGUUGGAAAGCACACAAAUGUUAAAACAGUGCCCCCGUUUCCUUAAAGAAGCUUUCAGCGGUUGUCUAUUCAAGGCAGAGGGUGUACGUCAUGUAACAUAUUCAAAAUGGUUUUCAUUGGUGGCUUACACAGGGUGUUUCAAACCAAAACAACCGUUGCUAGGGCGUUUCUAAGGCAGGAAAUGACCAUGCGCUUAGGAAUUUACUCUUGUUUCGUGGUUUAAAACUUUAUUUAGCCACUAAAACCUUUCUGAGGUGAUAAAGGAAGGUUCAAAGUAUAUAAAUCGACCGUUUCCAAAAAUUCGAAAAUUUCAAUAUUAAAGCCGAAAUUUUAGUAGUGGACCAUCUGAAUUCAGUCAUAUUAGAGGUAUACUAAAUCUAAAAUUUGCUAUUUCAAUCAGCUUAUCGGAGCUCUCAAAUACACGUCUGACCCCUGUAGCCAUCAGUGUCGUUUCCAGGACUUUGCCUUUUAUUGAGGUAAGAUUUACCUGAUUUAUUUCAACUCAACCUUUUUACGUAAUCUUGCGACACCUGCGACGCGCCACCAUGGUUGCUGCCGAGCAAAAUGUUUUGAAAAUUUGAAGUCUCCUGACCGUCGGAAAUUGCAUGUUUGGAGUCUUUCCUACCCAAUAUUUCAAUAUUUUAGCGUUGGCUAACAAUGAAGAUAAGUAUUGCUACUUACAGUCUAAAAGAAACAGAGUCUCCAGAUAGUCAGAAAGAGUAUUUGGCCAUUACCUCCCCGAUAUGACACGUCUCUACGUAUGUAGUUUGUUCGAUUAUUAACUCUAAUUCUGAUUCAGUGAAUUGAGAUUUACCUGAAAAUCUACUGGAAAUCUAUCUGAUAUUGCUCAUGAGCAAUUAUUAGAGGGUGUUGAACCCCUUAUCCCCCGGUCGCUACGGUCCUGGUAUUUCCAUUGUUGCCAACGGUAAUGUCAAAAAUAACUGAACAACAUAUAACAAUUAUACCAUAAUUUCGAGUCGUAGUAUGAGCUGUCAGCAAUAUAUGACGAGAGCGAAUGGUAUAAUUACACGGGCCGAUAAGGCCAGUGUCUUAAUUGAAUUAAUGGGGCCUGUGCGCGUGAUCUUGGUCGGCGCUUCUCUACGUUUUUCUUUCCAAAUAAACGAAUAUACGAGAAAGUGCAACUUGAUUCCACUUUGAGCUACGCUACAGCAUUGCAGCGACUUAUACUAUUCUUUUAUAUAUUAUUUAUUUAAAAUAUUCAUGACUUCAGAUUGGCAAACAGCCAACUGUGAAAUCGUCAUAUUAACUCAAUCUCUGACCGAAUAUAGAGCUUUGAGAUAAUAUUCAACGAAGUGACGUCAAAAUGUUGACAUACAUAAAAUGCCAUAUUCGACCUUAGAACGUCAAAAUGUUCAUACAAAAGAUCAUAUUAUUCAUUCUUUUGACGUCAUGCAGUAGAAACACGAAUAUGAAAUGAGGAAACAAGUCGAAAGCAAUAUGGCGCCGUGAUCGGCUUCGUUCGAAGGUUUAAAAGAAAACAACUUUUAAAAUAUAAGGACAAAAUAUCAACCUCAGGCUCCGGUUGACAAGGCCGGCGAGAGCCAACCACCGGCCCCAGGACGAAAUGAUGAGUUUGUGAACAGGGGCCCCUGUCCCUCUCCACUCUCCCGCUGGCGCAUGACCACGCCAAGACUAUUUCUAAUCGCAAUCAACGAAAUCGCCGCAUAACUGAUAAAAACGCAAUGUGAACGAUGUUCAGCUAACUCGUUUUUUUUUCUGAGAAAACGUAUAUUUCACUUUUGGUACGUUUUACGAUCGAUUACGACGAUCAGCGGAUAGGGUGCAAGUAGGCGUAUUUCGUUCAGGACAAACAUAAAGCGAUGAUAAACAAUACGAACAUUUUACCGAGAUUUUAGGACCCCUCUGAGCACUCCGGUUCCGGGUAUUUUUCCCCCUGCCCCCUCCCCCCUCGCCGGCCUUGCCGGUUGAUAACACAAACUUCGGCCUUCACAAUUGUUCAUGUCAUACUCAACCACAUUCAGUAAUCGUAAAACAUAAUCUGGCUUUGUGUCAAAAUGCGAGCCCGCUGUUGACGUUGCUGCCCACGUUGUUCACACUUGUCAACAAUAUUGAACAAUAUUGUUGAGCCUAAAUCGGGUGUAACAAUAUUGUUCAAUAUUGUUGACAGCUAUGAACAAUGUGGGCAGCAAAACAUUGUGCAAUCCUGUUUUCAUCAGUAUUGCAUCAACCUGAGCGGUUUUACGCGUAUAUAAGGCGUAAAAUACCAUACGAUGUCAUGUAUGAAUAAUUUACAUUGUUUUCAUUUUGGGAAUCACUAAAUUAAGGUCAGCUGCAUGCAAUCCGCCCUCUUGUCACUUAUUCUUAUAUAGAAAAUAAAAUAAAAUAGGAUUUCGUUUGCAUUAAAAGCUUUGUAUUUAGUUUGUAAUCAUAAAAGUCGAACAGCGAAAGAAGUGUCAUAAAACAUCGAUGAAAUUUCCAUCUGCUAAAGAUCAUUGUGCAUUAAACUGACCGGUAUACGUAUUUUCCUAUAACCGUCAUAAAGUUCACACCUCGAUUGAACAUAUUUGAUUUACGGCUAUGACAAAUUUAAUUAAAAGAACUAUAUACCGUAAACUGUCAGCAUUUAUAGCUUAAAUAUUAACAUAUGAAUGUAAUUAAGAAGUUAUUAUUAAAUAACAUUACAAACAACACGCAUUUAUCUUAAAUGCAAAUACGCGGGAAGAUAUUGCAACGUUUAACACACAACCAAAGAUGACGCAUUCCCUAAAGUCGUGCCUGAUAUUUUUCUGUGUCUUGAAUGAAUGUAUUGCAAACAUGUCCCCGCACAAUGCGCUGUAUUACCGCUACCGUGGUAAAUAUUUGUCCAACAGCGUGAUUCGUGCAAAGCUUGCAAUGACCGAGAAUGAAUGUGCUAUAUAUUGUUCAAGAGAUAAAGAGUGUUUGUCAGUAAAUUACAAAACAACAGGAGAAAAUCUUGGUCUGUGUGAGCUCAAUAAUAUGGCCCUUUCCGAGGCAGGCACUAAUUCUGUUCUUAAUGACGAAUUCAACUAUCUUGAAAUUCUUAAUCCGGUAAGAAAUAUUCACUAUAUUUUAUAUACAGCUGAUUCAAUUAAGGUUGUCCUUCUGAAACCUUAAAUUUUAAACUCCCAGCGCGCAGUAAGGGAUGAUGAUGGGUUUUCACCAUCAGGUCUUUAAGCUCAGAAAUUGCCUUUGCAGCAAGUACAGGUAUGUUUUACAUAUGUCUCAGGUGUUCUUGCAAAGUCAAAAGUAAUCUUAGGUAGUCUUGGCCCGCCAUAUUCGACGCUGUCAAAACAAAGAUGGCUGACUGAAGAUUCGUGUUUAGUUGAUCUUGACAGCUUUAAUAUCGAAGAAAAUAAUAGGACAAUACAAAGCGAAAGACAGAAAGCGACCUGCCGCUAUUCAAAGAAAAGUUGUUCUUUGUUUGUUGUUGAUAAAUUAUAUCUGUCAAGUUUAUUUCUUAAUAAUGUUGCAUUAGGCAAAGGGCAAUGCUUAUUUUUAAAAUAAAUUCUGACCCUGAUAAGGGCACACCUAUUUCAUGAGAAACAGGGAAAAUUAUCAUAAUUGGGAUAUAGACAAAUUUAGAUUGAGGGCGCGGACAUCAAAGGCGACGCGGUGAAAAUGGCUUUGACGCCAUUUUCACGUCGUCUUUGACGUCCGCCUCCUCGAUCUAAAUCUGUCUGAUAACGACCUGACUGCCGACUCCUGUCUGUAAUUUAGGCAGAAAAGUCCGAACUGUAUGCAUGAAUUGCCGUGCAUGCAGAUGCAAAUUUAGAGUAAAUGAGAGUGACAAAAAGCAAUUCUCUUCCUCUGCAUCUUUCAAUGCUAAAUAUAAUAAAAAUCUAUUCCAAAGUGAUCAUCACCUAGAUGAUGAAAUGCAAUACUUAUAUGAUAUUCACACAGCAUAAAUACAGAUGUUUCAAAACCUUUCCUGGCUGUUUUCAUUGAUAUUUCUUGUUUAUAUUUUAAAAGUUGUUUCUUUUAAACCUGCGUACACGGUUGAUGUUAGGCGUUGUACUUCCCAAAAAGCUUUCCCACCUCCUCCACCAUUUUACCGAAAUCUGGCAACAACAGAGUGCAUACACAAGAGCUUACUCGAGUGGUGGAAGCUUAUUAGAAUGUACGGUAAAUAUUUUUUAAAUUCGAAAAAUGUUCCAUUUUUAGAAACUCUCACCACCAAUUUCCUUACCACCAAUUUCUUGCAAAGAUAUUCUGACAAAAUCUGCAGGGGCUACAAGUGGACUUUAUGAUAUCUCUGUCGAUAACAAAAUGGUGACAGUAUACUGUGAAAUGGUUCUUCAUGGUGGAGGCUUCACCUUUAUACCCAAGUCGGCUGUCAAGGAGGGAACCCUACCCAACCUUGUAUCGCAACUUUUCACAAACCAUUCUCAAGUUCUUCUGUACAUUCAAAAGAAAGAUGGAAGUCAGACGUACACCCAUAUCCAACAACUGGGAGAGCAAUCGCAAACUCCUUUAGUAGUCUUGCAGAAUACAAACUCAGGUUAGUUUGUAUAAUUAUGAUUAUGAAAGCUACAUUGCUAAUGAUGUUAGUUGCAUGGUGCCGACGACCGAUUAGGAAAUGAAAAUGGUUGCUGUAGAGGUGUGCAAAAAGGGUAGUGCUUUGUGAUGGCUGUUGUGGUCGCAGUAUGCGUUUGUAAGUGUCCAAUAAAAAAAAUGAUAACAAACACUUUGUUUGGGAAAGCAAAUUGUUUGUUUCCCAGUAGUUAGAUUGCGUCCAUUUUUAUGGUAUAAGGAUUGGUGUUGGUGGUUACGGAUAUGAAUAUUACAUAGCUAUAUACCACACUCCCUAUCAGGGUUUUUCAGUGACUUGUUACAUUGUGAAUAGAUAGACAGAACCGGAACUAACGUGAAUCAGAAUGGAAUUAGUGUUAUGAUGAUAGUGGCAGUGUAAGUUUGUAAGAUCAGUGUUGCUAAUAAUUUAAUUUGAUUUAUUAACUUUACCAGAUUUAAACAAAAUUAACACAAAAAAUGGCAUUGGCAAUCGCAACAGUUUCUGCCAAUUACUGCGAUCCCUAAAUGUUAGACAAAUACACUAUAUACGUACAUAGAAAAUCAAUUACUAACGAACUAUCAGACUCAACUUUUCACACUGCGACCACUUCCAUUUCCGGAAGCUGACUGAGUCAGAAGACGUUUGAAACCCGCACAAUCGUAAACCUUCAAAAAACCCGUGGAUAGGCCCCAUAGGUACCAAUGUGAAAGGUACUUCUGUAAACUAAAUCUAAGAACAACACGUUAUCGGUCUUGUCAGCUGGUCACGAACUUGGUUGCAUUUUAAGCAAACCGAUUUCCUUGUUCGUGGAUCGUGAACGUCAUAACUUAAGCCUGGUUCACAUUGAUCGGCGAUGUUCUAGAAGAAGAAAAUGCAUAAAACAAUUUUAUGCAUCAAUGACCACCGACAAUGGGCAUCGCCGAUGUUUACGAUGAAUGUGAACCAGGCUAGAGAGAUAAUAAUAUGAAUGAUAAUAAUUCAUGAGUAAUUAAACCAAUAGCAUGUAAUCAUUCCAUCACAAGAUGCUGUUUGGAUACGGCGGUCAAACACCGUCAGACACAGCACCACGAGAAUUUAGCUGCAUACAUAAUUAAGAUAUUUGAUGAUAGUCACUAGUGUUUUCAUCAAAUAUCUUAAUUACGCAUGCAAAAUUACUUGAAUAGAAUUCCUAAUUACGUUAUGCUUGGUUAAGAAUUCUAUUCAAAUCAGCAAGCAAAAACAUUCUUUUACGUCUCGAUUCAUUUGAGAGGCCAUAUAAACCACGAGAGUUCGUGUUACACAGGGACAUCCAAUCACUCGAUCGAAAACAAUAUAUGAAAACACUCGUGCUUAGCGCUCAUGUUUUCAUACAUUGUUUCCUCGUGUUUGGAUAUCCCGCUGAAACACUAGUCGCUCUCCUUGUUCAUAUAUUACAUGACUGAUUUUUAAACUCCUUUAAGGUUGCCAUGCCAUUAAUAGUUAAAUCCCUGGCAGUGCGUUCCAGACUCUACUAGUCCUUAUUAGAUAUGAUUUUUGAUAGGUAGAUGUUUUACAUGAUGAAAACUGAAAUUGUAGGCAGUUGGGAUUUGUGGAUCGGGUAGGUUGGCUUGAAUUCUGAGGGUGUGGUAGUAUGUCGCUGCUUAGGUUAAUAAUGUCAUAGUGUGAUUUGAGAAAGAACAAUAUGUCUAGGUACACGUGCCAGUAACACCAUAGUUAAUUGAGGAGAUGGUUUGGAAACUUAUUAACCUUACAAUAAACCUCACUAUCUAUGUUUUUGUUCAGGUUUAUGCAAUAAUGUGCUCUUUCAUCGUCACGUGCGUAUUGUAUUUUUGCUCAACCAGCCAAUAGCGACGGUUUUGUCCAAUUGCCCAUCCAUGCCUUUAACAAUAAGACAUUUUGAACAUUCCUAUUGGUUGACUUGAGAAAAAUACAAUACACACGUGACGAUGAAAGACCAGAUUUUUGCAUAAACCUGAACAACAUAGAUAAUGAGGUUUAUUGUGAUUUUAUUGUAAUGCUAACGAGUUUCCAAACCAUCUCCUCUAUUAACUAUGGUAACACAAAGGUAGUAGAUUCAAUGAUGAGAGACGAUGAUUAUAGCUGAUUCCACACAAGAACGGUAGGUUCAAUAUGUAAUUUGACGCACGUCUUUGAACGCGUUCUGUACGCUUAAUGAGAUCAACAGUUAUGUGGAGUCCAGUAAACAAUCCAUGGAUUAUUUAGUGUCGCAACAAACAAUCUCUGGAUUGUUUAUAAAUAACCUAUGGAUUAUUUAUUCAGAAUACAACGAUUGUUUGCAAAUAAUGUAUUACAUAACUAAAUCAUUAUUUAGUUAAUUCGACAUAUUCUUGCUGAUAACAUUUUUUUUACAUUUGGCGCCCCAUAGAGUUUAAGCUACGCGUUAUACGUCAAACGGCAAACGCCAGGCAACGAAAAAUUUUACGUUAUUCAGGCAAUAAAGAGUAAAAGAACUUGCUGUUUGAAAACUGAAAUGUUCAACGGCAAUUUUGCCAAGAAAUUUCGAACCUGCGUUUGCUGUUCGCAGAAACGUGAAGUUUAAACUCUCUAUUGUUAUUUGUGGCAAAAGGUUAUUUUUCAAAACUUUACCAACCUUCAAACAAGUCGCGUACUAUUAAUAAAUUGGCACAAAGAUAAUCAACGUUUGCAAACAACAAAUCUAAUGAGCUAGAAAUGGCAUAUUUUAGAAAAAUACAAACUUUGACGACUGACCGGUUGGAUAUGAAAACAUGUUUGAGAGAGAAUACCCAACUUCAAAGUAUACGAUUUUAUUUGUUUCUUGACUUGACUGGUGAUAAAAUGCUAAAACGGGCGCUUCGAAUUUUGAUUAACAAUCGCACUCCUGGUAUUUGAAGUUUAACGUUUGCUGUGGAAGCAUGUAAUUUGAUUACUUUGCCACUCCCCCUUGGGAAGCAAAUUUUUGUAGAGUCACGUGAUCAGACAAUACCCGGAUCUGUUCCAAGAAGACUCUGGGUACGAGGAUGAAAUUAUAGUUGAUAUUAAUUGAAAUUUGUGCCGCGUAGUUUACCAUCUAAUGCUUGAAAUGUUUCCUGAAAACGUUCAACAAUAUUUAGAUAUUAGCCAUUCCGAAGUUGAUGAGAGGACUAGGGACGAAUGUUCAAAAGUGCCCAAAUUAAGAAAUGAACCAAAUAACUUUAAAGACCACCACAAAAUUAGUAAGUAUACAAAGUUUGAAGACGUUUAUAUGAAUAUCCUUUGAAUAAUAUGCUUCGAAAAUCGUGAUAUUUCAACUGUGAAAUGUAUUGUAAUUUUUGUUUUUGGGACCGCGUCCCCAAAACAAUCUUUUAAUUUAUUAAUCAGUAAUUUCACAAUUUUCGAAAGCUUAUUAUUCGAAAGGUAUUUAUGUAAACAUCUUCAAACUUUGUUUACUUACUAAUUUUGAGGUGGUCUUUUUAGUUCUUUGAUUCAUUUCUUAAUUUGGGCACUUUUUAACACUCGUCCCCAGUCCUCUCAUCAACUUCAGAAUGGCUAAUUCCAUCGUAAAAUGACGUGGUUGAGUUAUCAUCAGGAAUUAUGAAAGCUUAUAUUGUGAAAGCUACCUUAAACCACUAUUAGUUUUACCUUUUAACAACCCGGGACUACUACAUCAAAUUGUUCCGAACAAUACUGUAAUUAUUGAUCAUCUAUGAACUGGUCGCUUCUAUAUAAAGAAGCAUUGCAUAUCCACAGACAGAAACCUGAACUAAACCAUGGGACUAAAUUGUCAAAAGAACUUGCUAUCUUUAAUUAGGGCUUAUGGACAGAUAAGAUCAUGUUAUAUCACACCUGUGUAUAUUAUAACUUCUAAAAUUUUAGUAGCUUUCAUAAUUCCUGAUGAUGACUGAACAGUAGUCGAAACAUUGAAUAAAAAAUAUGAAUUUCUUCGGAGUUUCCAUUGUAUUGUAUUGUUGCUAAAGUAACGCGGACUUAUUUUGAAUUUAGUGAUGUCAUAAUUUUCAACAAGAUUGAAACGCCAUCAGCACGCUGAAAAGACAUCAUGCGCGUGAUAAUGAGUUUCCUAUCCAGUGUUUUUUAUUAUCCAUGAUAGUACCAUGGUAUAUGGUGAUUGUCGUAGUAUUAAUGGCAAUAUAUGUGGUAAUGGAGACUAUAGUAGCUUGGGAUAAGGGAAACGCAAAUUUGGGAUUAUGAAGCAUUGCAUAUUGGUAAAAUUCCAAUUCUCCCAAGCUUCUACACAAAACUUCUGGCUUACUAAUAUUAUUUUCUUUAUUAGGCCCGGGUAGAACUUACAACAGCCCUCAAAAUUCGUUCAUGUUGGACUAUCUCUAUCUGAGCACAUGAAUUUACAUUAACGGAUUCCUGUCCAACAAUAUCAAAGUGACAUAUAAUCAUAACUCUUUCCCCACCAACAGUUACUUUUCAUUCUUUCCCAACCAUCGUGAACAGAAGCCGAGUACGUAUCACGACGGUAAUCUGAUGUACGAAGCCCGAAGGGUUGCCGUAGAUUGGAGGAACACUGGAAUGGUUUUAACAGAGAGAAUACCUAGUAAUUUCUUUUACUUGACUGAGGUGCAUUACGGAGGAGGUGGUUGUUAUACAUCCAGUGAUCGUUGGGUUGAGGCAAAUGGAGCAGCAAUUGGACUACGUUAA